AUGCACAUGAAGGUCCUGGCAAACCAACAGGAGGCAGGAGACAAGGUAUCCAUGCCAAUUGGAGCAGAAAAGAUUAUGGCCACGAUCCGGAUCUCACCAGCAGGCUAUGGGAACCAUACUCAAGACAGCCUUGAGCACUGGAGUCCAAGCCAGUUGGACAACGUUUCUCUGUCUAAUUCUACCAUUCCUGUUGCAUUUGAUGACAGGGCCAUUGACUAUGUCCUACAGGGUAUUACUGUUGUGAUCCUCUUUGUUGUCAUGAUGUCACUAGGCUGCACCUUGGAUCUCUCCAAGAUCAAGGCUUAUUGCUACAAACCCAAAGAGGUUGCUAUCGCUGUGAUAGCCCAGUAUGGAAUCAUGCCUCUGACAGCAUAUGCCCUGGGCAAGUUCUUUCGGCUGGAGUCCAUUCAGGCAAUGACCAUUCUCAUCUGUGGCUGCUGCCCAGGUGGAAAUCUCUCCAACAUUUUGAGCCUGGCAUCUAAAGGAGACAUGAACCUCAGCAUUGUGAUGACUGCAUGCUCAACGGUCUUGGCACUUGGCUUGAUGCCCCUUCUCCUGUUUCUCUACACUAAGAGUAUAUAUCAAGGCAAUUUAGAGCACAAAGUGCCUUACAAAACAAUUGUUUUCUCCCUCUUCAUGAUCCUUGUCCCCUGUGCCAUUGGGAUCUAUUUGAAUGAAAAGAAGCCACAGUAUUCUCGCUUCGUUGUGAAAGCAGGUAUGAUUGUAUUGCUUCUGUCAUCUAUCCUGACCAUUGCUCUGACUGUGAUCCAUUUUGGAAGCAGUAUCUUAUUGAUCAUCUUCUCUCCAUGCCUGCUGGGGGCAUGCACUCUCAUGCCUUCCGUUGGCUUCUCCAUGGGCUACAUCCUUUCAGCAUCCUUUCACUUCAGCAGUCAGUGCAGGCGGACUAUUUGCUUUGAGACAGGUUGCCAGAACGUGCAGCUAUGUACCACCAUCCUCCAGAUGGCCUUUGCCCCUGAAGUUGUUGGGGCUCUUUUUCUCUUCCCACUUCUGUAUCUGAUCUUCCAGUUGGGUGAGGGCCUUCUCCUGGUUCUGCUCUUCAGGAUAUGUGAAAGAUAAAAGAAUCCAAAGGCAAGUGUCUUCAAAAAAUCACCUUUCUUCCUUGUAUUCUAUAGAUUCCCAUGCGAUUUCUAACUUAAUUUGUGUGAACUUCAAUUAGAAAAUGGUUACAGCUGAGCAACAACUGAAA